AUGCGAGAAAUCUCGAUACUUUGGAAAGCCAUUUUGAAUUUGAGAUAUGGAUCGCAAUCAUUAUUCGAGCAAGCACUAGAAGAGGUGGGUCUCUCGCAUUUGGAGUCACAGACUUUCGAACCCCUAGCCCGCUUUCGUAAUGCGCAGGAGUUAACGGCCUCCAAAUAUGGAGCAGACACGCGGAUCCCCCCGCGUUCUCAACACGAACCAGUAUACUCUUUCCUAAAAGACAUCCAGCCAGUGACUGCCGAAGAUGGGAUUGCUCAUUGCAGAAUCCUCAAAGCUGUAGAGCAAAUGCAGCGUAACACGGAAGAAUGUCAGGCAGAGCUGGGCUGUCGAAAACAAGAUUACGUCAGGGAUCUGGCAACAGUCCGGCAAGGAUUGGCAGCUGGCCGCAAAUCAACGUCGAUUGCAGAUUGGCAGGGAGAGCGAGUAGAAGAGGCUUAUUGA